AAUGAAACGCGUGCUGCACGCGCAUGAUGUCACACGUGACCUUGGCAGCGUGAACUGUGUGUAUGACAUGGAAACUGCAGAGUGACGACAGUCUUGGGGAUAUAGGCAGAUUGCGAUGCAUUCGGCUGACUUUCGUGUGAGGGCGCCCGUCAGCGGUAGGAUGAGAAUCUUGUAUGCCGGAAGACAAGCACGCCGAAAUCCAGCAUAUGCUGUUGGUGUGUUUAUCCUGCUCGUCUUUGCGCUGAUGGAAAACCAACUGCGUAGCGAGUCAUAUUCCAACAUCGACACCUCAGAAGUGAGGGUUCUCAGUGUCCGAGACUCCCGGGACCGACACAUGAAGGUCAAGGUCAUCCAUCAAGAUCGAGACGUCAAAAUACCAAAUCUCGGAAAGUCUCGACCUAGUCGCUCAACAGACAAAACACUCAGAAAUGGAGGACAUAAAAUUUUGUCGAACAGGCUCCAUAACAGCAGUCGGAAACUCAGGCACAGAAAAAACAGCUGGCAGGAAAAACCGAUUUUGACCAUAAGGUUUGAUGGUCGCCUUGGCAACCAAAUGUUUGAGUACGCAGCGGUGUAUGCUAUAGCUCGCAAGAAGAAAAUGAAAAUAUUUCUUACGAGGAAUCACCAGCUAAAUAAAAUAUUUCACAUUGACGAGUCGGUGAUCGUGAGGAAGCCUUGCGGUGGCUUCACCAACGUCAACACACCUUGCUGUGGUUACGACGCUACGACGUUGGACAGAAUACAGAACAAUACGUGCCAGCGCAUAUUUGGUUACUUUCAAUCAUGGAGAUAUUUUGAGUCACUGCUUGGAAACGUCAGACGCCAGUUCACGUUCAGACGCAAUAUAAUCCAGACUGCAGAUGCCAAACUCUGGUCAGUUGUGAACAAACACAAGAAAUACCCUUCAAAACCGCAACACGUGGACGCUGUGUCCUCACGCAUGCGCAGUCAAAAACAGGUUCGUGUACAUUUAUUGCAAUACGUAAGAAGAGGUGAUCUCAUGUUGCCAAUCCGUGUCAAACAGGGCCGACGUGCCGCCCCGAAACAAUUCUACCUCCGCGCCAUGGACUAUUUUCGGCGUCUGCAUCACGAUGCAUUGUUUAUUGUCGGUAGCGACUCGCAGCAAUGGGCAGCGGAGAACUUAGCCGGACCGGAUGUCAUUGUGCUGAAGGACAUGCUACCGGAAGUGGAUAUGUGCAUUCUGAGUCGAUGCAACCACACCGUUAUGAGUGUGGGUACGUUUGGCUGGUGGGUGGGACUUUUAGGGAGGGGGAGAACAGUGUACUACAACCAACCUUUCAUACACACCAGCGAGACUGCAGCCAUGUACUCGGGGUAUGAACAAGACUUUAUCCGUCCUGGCUGGAUUGGGAUGAGCUAGUCUUGGAGUUGUCUCCCUUGUGUUGGUGGUGGUUGCCAAGCGCUGAUUGUUUCUUCAAUGAUGUCGACAUGGAGGCAACAUGGAGUGCAGCUGGGCUCAUUGUCUAGUUGAUGCAGAGUUAGGAGACCGACACAUGUAGAGCCUCUUGAAGAUCAGUGACUGCUUCCCUGUACUAUUCUGCUCUAGUCAGACGUGACCGUGUAGAGAUAAGAAGCGUUUUGGUACAAAUAAACAAGAAAACAUUGACGUA